GACGAUGCUUACAGGCUAAGCGGAUAGCUAGCUCAUCUACGAAUAUGUCAUUGUCAAACUCUGGGCCUCCCUGUUCGGUAAGUCGUGCCUAUAGCGACGGGACAUCAACAAGCCCGUGGUCUACGCGGCCAAGGGUGCCACGGGCGGCCGCAGCGCCAACACGGCUUGGCUCGUUGCGUUGGACUGUGGACGCGGUGGGCCACGGUACGACGGACACAGUUGAUUGCGAUAUCUUGAGCGACAUAGCACUGGCCUGCCGUGCUUCCAGAUCUUUCAGGAUCCUGGUCGCUUCUUCCCCUCGACUCUCCAGUCUCACUCUCAUGUGAAUAUGGGGGUUCACGAAACCCAAUGGCUUGGCUUGGCUUACCCGUGAAGUUGCCGCUCACAAUCUCGACUGGGUCUUCCUCUGCGGCAUACUUUCUGCCCAUCCACGCACGGCGUGCUUGUGCUAUUGGUCCCGCGUUGAUAGCUCAUUAGCCUCACCGGUUUUUGUUUGAUUUGCGUCCACGUGGGAGGAGUAAUGAUCGCCAGGACUAGCCCCUCGAGAGCUACGUUUCGCGUUUCCGUCGUGCCCAGAAUGGGUCGACCUCUGAUAAUCCAGAGUGCUUCAAAUUCCAGGCCUAGGUAGUCGAGCUUGCACUCACGCGGGGGAAGGGGGCAAAUUGCUUUGGGAUGCUCGUCGCUCGAGACUACCUGGACGAACGACCAACCUGGUCAAUAGUCCUUCGGGAACGGGUGACCAGCGACGACGACACAGUAGAGAUCGACGACAAGCAUUGCCUUGCCUUGGCUCUUGGGGACGACUCCAUCCGAUCGGCCCAGAACUGUAAAAGCUAGGGUGCAGGGGGGAGAAAAUCUCCCAACUCACCGUUACUAUGGGGAGGGGCGAGCCAAGACGGCGAGCCUGCCAGUACAUAGAGCAUCAUCAGGAAUAGGCACAACGCGCAGGAGACGAGUUCCACCUAAGCCGUCCCUGAUGACAUCUGCAUGUUCCCGUACACCGACACAGGUCUAUGACAGAGAGCGGUGGGAAGCUGCAUCAUCUCGAGCAAGUAUAUUCAUCAGAUGAUGCAAAGAGCUUGAACAUGCGGUCCUUGCUUGCCGCGCUUCACGCCUACUCCACCUUCAUCGACUGCCGACCUGGCCUUGCGGCCGUGUCUGGCUGAUGGUUCACUUCCGAUUACGGAACAGAUGGUUGCCGCUCCUCAAUACAGACUGGAGAGUCGAGACCAGGAACAAUUACCCAAAGAUCCGUGGUACGGGUCCCCUUGAGCUAGUCUGCCGCCCUAGCUGCUCAGCGCGACGUCCGAGGGCGGGAAAAACAAAGGUCGGACACCAGUUCAACACACACGGCUCCUCUUUCUUGGAUCCAAGAUGGCAUGCCUAGCUGAGGCGCAAACCGCGCUCGGUAGCCCUCCCACGCCUGCCUCCCUGCUGGGUGGGGGCUGGAUGACACCAAACGAACAACGGGAUCUACGGAGUACGCGAUGGCGCUUCCUAAUUUGACGCGUCCUUUGAACAGACUGAGUCCAGGUAACCUAAUCAUCCUGUACGGUAUUACAUGCUUUUGCUGGCUUUCUUUUGGCUGCAUGACCUGGUCGGAGACUCUGCGCAACGGUUCGGUCCCAGCAUGACGGCUUGGGCGAUGUUCUCCAGGGAAGAUACGAGUCUGACGACAUUGCUGCAAGGCAUGCCACUCAAUCCCAAACCGCACGACCUUCGUACCUCACCAUCGCGCCUUUCCCUGCCUGCUAUCUCAUACGAGGUAUCACUGUCUUCUGUAGCGCAAUCGGCUCUUUGGUGGUCCAGAAAGUAUAGCAUGGGUCACCGUGGCUCUCACAGCAGCCCUCUGGGCUCUACCACCAAUCUCUCGGCCAGGCAUGUCACCAACACCCUGCAGGUCUCGAUCAGAGUCAGUCUCGCUCGUAAAGGUCCUCUAUUGGCCCAACCUCUUAUGACCACCUAAGCCCCGAGGGAGUGAGGCGUUCUGCUGUGCCCUCGCGGCGAUCCCACUCCUGGUUUCUUUUCUCUCGCUCCUUGUCCCUCCCUCCCUCCUUCUCCUCAUGUACGGAUGUACCCGAGAACUGUGACCUCCCACAGACCAGGGAGUUGACUAUAGACCAACUCGAGGCGUGGUAUUUGCGAAGCUCAGUGGGGAGCCCGGGGGGGCGUGGGCUGUGAAGAAAGCAGUUACCUCAUGUUACUGCAACGCCUCGGGCCACAUCUUGCAGCCUCUUUAGUUUGCUUGGCUUCUCAGCAGAUUAGACGCUCCUCACAUCUGCAAGACCUGUUGACAAAUUCUCCUCAGGGUUGUGGCUUUUCUUGGAAAGAGGGGCUGACUCGUUACUUCAGCUGUCGACUGAACGGCCAGGCACUUGUGCGGGUGACACUUGAUCAGGGACAUCGACCGCAUCUCGUCCGUAUCGUGGCUCAACGACAUGUACCCCCUCGAGCGCGUCUUGGCUCUGGAUUGAAUACCUAUGGAAGUAUCCUUUCCAGCAAACCUAGCAACAACCCAUAAUUUUCUCGUCUCCAGUGACGGCACUUUACUCUCAGAUCUUUCCAUGGAACGUUUCAUGGCUAUGAUGUUCCCAUAUCAGGACGCCGAUCCGGCUCCAUCACCUCCGCGGUUUCC